GUCCGCCCCCGCACAGAUAACUCUUUCCGUCGUUCCAAAGCAUUGCCGCCGCCGCCGCCGCCCUUUCUGUCGUUCCGAUCAAGAGAUCUGGCGGCGGCCCCAAUCCAUUCAAGCAGCCAACGCCAGGAACUGCUAACCGCUGCGGCGCGCCGAGCCGGCCGACGUCUCCCUGCCCCACCGCCACUGCAGCGCCUCCCUCCGCCAAGCAGCCGGCGACGCCCAGCAACGCCGGCGAGCACUCCGUGGACAGAAGAGACAGAUCAGUCAUAAUGUGGCCAAGUUCAAAUUAGUUUCCCUAGACCUACUUCUGUUUUGGGCCUUGCAAUUGGCCGAUAUAUAAGAUGCAGGUCUGACCAUUUGUACUGCUCAUAUCCUGGUGUACAAUUAUGAUGUUGAGUUAUGGUCAUCCUUUUUAGUACAUGGAGUGAGUUGAAUAUUCUGAUUCUGUUUUCUGUAUUUUGUUAACCGACUGCAGAGGGAAGGAUGCUACUGGUGAGGAAGUAGUCAAGCCUUAUACUCCAAAUACACUGGAUUUUGAUAUUGGAUACUUUGAGCUUGUUUUAAAGGAAGACAUGGCCGAUGCAAGUGCAGAGUGUUUGGAUGAGUACGUAAACAUUGUCAGCAGGAUGUUUCAUAGCGAGGAUGAAGGUUUUGAGUUCUAUAACAAGUAUGCUCUUGAGAAAGGCUUUAGUGUGAGAAAAGGCUAUGUUGAGUGGGAUGAAGCGAACGAGAAGAUAAUUCUGAGGAAACUUGUCUGUAGUCGUGAAUGUUGCCGUGAAGAGAAGCACAUGAAGAGGAAGAGAGAAGAUAGGAAGAGGAAGCCACGGAAUAUCACUCGUGUGGGGUGUAAAGCGAAAUUUGUCAUUGCAAGAGUCGCGAAAACAGGGCGGUGGUUUGUGAAGGAUUUCAUCGAUGAACACAACCAUCCUCUGGCCCCACGAGACCUUGCUUGCUUUUUGCGUUCCCACAGAAGAAUCAGCGACGAGCAGAAAGCGGACAUUAUAGAGAUGGAAAGUGUUGGAAUCCGGAAACACAAAAUCAUGGAUGUGUUGUGCAUGCAGUACGGUGGAUAUGACCAUGUUGGAUGCAUGACGAGGGACAUCUAUAACUUCUGUCAUCGCUACAAGCAGGAAACAGUCGCUGCCGGUGAUGCUCAGACGGUGAUCUGUCACAUGAUGGCGCGGCAAGAGAGAGACCCAGAUUAUUUCUUCAAAUACUUGGUUGAUAAAGAUGGGCAUCUGAAGGGAUUGUUCUGGUCCGAUACUCAAUCCCGCCUUGACUACGAGGCUUUCGGCGAUGUUGUGGUUUUUGAUAGCACAUACAGGACCAAUAAGUACAAUCUGCCGUUUGUGCCGUUUGUCGGGUUGAAUCACCACCGCAGCACAGUUAUCUUUGGAUGCGGGAUCAUUUCUCAUGAAACUAACGAGGCGUACGAGUGGAUGUUGCGGACAUUUUCUGAAGCCAUGUCGCAGAAGCAUCCGAUAUCUAUAAUCACUGACGGGGACCUUGCAAUGCAGAGAGCGAUCAGGGUGGUGUGGCCUGACUCAUACCACAGGCUGUGUGUAUGGCACAUUCAGCAAAACAUCGUACGCCAUCUGCAUGAUGAUGAGGUUAGGGAAGAAUUCAGAUCUUUCAUAUAUGACUCGUCUUCUAUUGAAGAGCAUGAGAGAAAAUGGAUAGAGUUCUUACGAAGGAAUGAAGUGACAAGUGAGGAGUCGUGGCUGCAUCAGAUGUAUCAGAUGAGGAAGUUGUGGUGUGCUCCAUACCUGGUGGGGCGCUGUUUCUUAGGAUUGAGCAGCAAUCAGCAGAGUGAGAGCCUAAACUCCGUGCUACAUACACAUCUUGAGGUUGGUCAGAUGGAGCAUAAGUGUUGUUAG